GCGCUGACUCUCGAUGUGAGAACACUGUCUCGAGUUGCGAUACUGCCGUGUGUCCCGCUUCAUUUUGCGCGAGUGCGCGUCCUUUUCGGGGGUUGCGAAAUUUGCAAAUACGGGUUGAGAAAGCAGUGCUUCUCCGUAGCGAGACAGGUUAAACCGAUCUGAAUAGCCAGCCAGUUCAGUAGGACUCGCAUAAGGAUACUACUUGAGGUGUUCAGGAAGAUCUGGGCGUCGGCUUUGCAUUCACAGUGAAAUCCGCGUGAAGACAAUGGCAAUUUUCUGACAUAUUCACUCCGCGCAAGGAGAUCGGAAUCCUUAAACAGUCGCCGCAACGCUGAAGAGACGAGAGAAUUCCACUUUGAUAAACAGUGAUUAUGCUCCUGGACAGCUAACUCAUUGGCUGUCUGGACACCCGAAUUUCACCCUGUUCGGCACAAGUGCUGGUGAAGAAGUGCAUCCCCCGAGUGAGUGUGGAUUACAAAUUAAAGCCGAACCCUCGCCAGAGCCACCAUAUAUGGUAAUGGCAGAGAUCGGUGGCCCUCUGGCUCACCAGCUUCCCUUGCAUAAUCAUCGUGGUGGACUCGUGCAACCAUCAUUGGUGAUGAACCAUCACUUGGAUCUGGAUUGUCAUGGGCAUGACAUUAAUCCCAAGAAACAACGACUGUCCCUGUGCGUGGGCUGCGGCGGCCAAAUCCACGAUCGUCAUAUUCUGCGGGUCGCGCCGGACCUCGAGUGGCACGCGGCGUGCCUCAAAUGCCAGGAGUGUCGCCAAUUUCUAGAUGAGAAUUGCACGUGUUUCGUCCGCGAAGGCAAAACAUACUGCAAGAGAGAUUACGUUAGGUUAUUUGGAACAAAAUGUGAUAAAUGUGGUAGUUCUUUUAGUAAAAAUGACUUCGUAAUGAGGGCAAAGACAAAAAUUUAUCAUAUUGAGUGUUUUCGCUGUUCAGCAUGUGCCCGACAAUUAAUACCAGGAGACGAGUUCGCUUUAAGAGACGGCGGUUCUCUGUACUGCAAAGAGGAUCACGACGUGAUAGAAAAGAGCGCCCAAAGUACUGUUCCCCCAUCGUUAGAAAGUAAUAACAAUAACAACAAUAAUACAAAUUUAAGCAAUAACAAUCAUUCCAGUGAGCUCGGUUCGAUGUCAGACUCUGGAAGUGAAUCUGGCUCGCACAAGAGCAUCCGCGAGAAGAGACCCAGCGGCCCAUCGGGCGAUGGGAAGCCAACCAGAGUCCGGACGGUGCUCAACGAGAAGCAGCUCCACACGCUCAGAACCUGCUACAACGCCAAUCCGCGCCCCGACGCCCUCAUGAAGGAGCAACUCGUGGAGAUGACCGGCCUGUCGCCACGCGUCAUCCGCGUGUGGUUUCAGAACAAGCGCUGCAAAGACAAGAAGAAAACCAUCCAGAUGAAGCUGCAGAUGCAGCAGGAGAAGGAUGGCCGUAAAAUGGGCUACGGAGCCAUGCAAGGAAUUCCGAUGGUGGCCAGCUCUCCGGUGCGCCACGACUCGCCGCUCAACCUUCACGGCCUGGAAGUGACGGCGUACCAGCCGCCCUGGAAGGCUCUCACGGACUUUGCCUUACACUCCGACCUGGACAGCAACGGCGCCGUGAACCAGCACACGCCCGCCUUCCAGCACCUCGUCAAUCAGAUGCACGGCUACGACAUGAGUGGAAUGACGGCGCAGGGUCCGCCGCUGAUGAAUGGGCCCCCGAUGGACGGGGGCCACCAUCCGGACAGUACGGACUCGUACGUGACAACGUAUCUGAGCGACGACAGCCAGGGCAGUCCGUAAGCGGCAGCAUCACUAGAGAUUAACGCUACUUAUAGAGCAUCACUUGAGCUAGAGUGUAAAUACUGAGGGAAUACCAAUAACUUAAUUAAUCCACUGGAAUAUCUCCCCAAGAACCUCAAAGACGCCCCCGUAUGGCGGGCGCUCCGGGAGCGCCGCGCCCUCAGCGCGCGCCUCCCUCUUGUACAUAUAGAAGAAUAUUUUGUGAAGAGAGUAGAUUUUCAGGCCACAAAAGUGAAAUUCAACAAAUGCUAAUGGCAUCACUGCAGAAACUUGUAUCAAAACAAUUCUAUAUAUUGUAAUUAAUCUCUAAAUUAUACACACAUGUAUUAUUGUAUACAUACCGAGAUUAAAGAUUUUCAAUAUAAAAUCCCACCAUUUCAUCACCACAAA